AAUACUUCCGGAUGACGAGAUACACGUGCAAUUGAGGCGGGAGGCGUGACGUUAUAUCACAUUUUGUUGUUGUCUACAUGAUAAUUCUUGCCUGAGAGCCUGCUAUUACAAUGGCAGAAGGUGGAUUUCUCAAAAACCAGGAUCAACAUUUACUUGAGUGUCCCAUCUGUCUGGAGCAACUACAGCAGCCUAAAUCCCUGCCAUGUCUCCACACCUUUUGCCUGGAUUGUCUUGGUACCUAUAUAAAGAAGGAAUUAUCGGGUAAGAGGGCGUCAGAGACUUAUUUCUCUUGCCCAAUUUGCAGGGAAAUGACCCACCCUGUCAAUCAAGCAGAAGCAAAGGAUAACUGGGCACAGCAGUUCCCGACUAAUGGCCUGAUUCAGGAACUUGCUCAGCUCAAAAUGAAGUCGACAGAACCGUUUUAUUGCAAACCCUGUAAGACCAACGAAAACAUUGACACUCCAGCCAAAUUCUGGUGCAAAACUAUGGACGUGUUAUUUUGCGAUCUAUGUAAGUCGAGUCUCCAUGAUAAGUUACACGAGGAUUGCAGUAUAGCAGACAUAACUGACGGGGGGUGUCGUACACCUAGACAAAACCAGGAGACUCCUCAAUGUGGCAAACACAAUGAAAAGAUUGAUUGCUAUUGCAAAGAUCAUCAGUUGAUUGGCUGCAACAAAUGUGUGUUUUUAGACCACAGACGAUGUGAAGACGUGACAACGACGGCGGAGUACUUCGAAAAGUUGAAGGAAGGUUCUGACUUGGAGAAAACUAAGAAAACACUGCUUAAAGGAGCUAAAGUCAUGUUAAAGCUGGUGAAAGAAUUUGGAGAAGAACUUGACAACCUGGUUAAGAACCAAGAUAUGGCACUUCAGAGUAUAACCGAUCUACGUAAAAGAUUGGACAACAGAUUGGACAAGCUUCAGAAGGACAUCACUGAUGAUUUGAUCAGAUCGGUCAAAGAAGAGAAGAACCUUAUCCAGAAUUCUAUGAGUCUGUGUCAACGUCUGACAACAGCUAUGCAGAGUACCAUGAUGUUAUCGAGUAAAGCUGUUGAGCGAAACGAUGACAUAGAGGCGAUACUGCUGCAUCAGAGGGGACAGAUGGAGGAAAUGACUUGCAGGGACCUGGUGAAGGUAUUGAAGAAGUCUUUCACAUCUGUCAGUAUUAAACACGAGGUCGAUCCGAGUAUCGCUUCAAUCAACAAUGCAUUCGGGAAAGUCGUUAUCCUGAAACAACCAAAACCCUUUCCCGACAUGCUUGGUUUUGUUGCUACACCAUUAGGGGGUCGAAUUGCGAAGGAACUAGUGAAGUUCAACAUCACGUGGCUGUCAGAUGCAACCACAUCCUCCGCUGCACACGGAAUUGUAUACCUCCCAGAUAACCACAUAGUGGUCAGUGAUUAUAACAACAUGAAACUGAAGUUGUUCAAGGACAAUGGACAGUAUCUGAAUGAGCUGAAGAUCAAAGGACAUCCGUAUGACAUGUGCCUGAUAGACAGCAACACUGUGGCGGUCACUACUGUCAAACCUGGUGCUAUGGUUGUGGUCAGUGUAAAAUCCUCCAAAAUUUCCAUUUUGCGUGUCACAAACAUGGCCUUUGGAGCAGGCUACGUUGGUAUCACAUACACAGGUGAAAGGUUCGUCUUGAGUAUGGAAGGAGGAAAUUUGUGCACUUUUGGGAAUGAUGGAACUUCUGCUCGUUUACAUAGAUAUAAUUCACCCUGUUAUCACCUCGCCCAUGAUCCGCGCAAAGGACAGAUACUUGUCAGCCAUUCGUCAAAGAGCGGUGUUGCUGUAUCGAGUUUGACGACUGACAGACGCAACAAAAGUCUAUUAAAUGCUGGUAUCGUAACGGACCCAUCAGGAAUAGACGUGGACAACGAGGGUAACAUUUACGUAUGUGGCGAAGCAUCAAACAACGUUUUACAAAUGUCCAGUGACGGUACAAACGUCAGGGAGCUGCUGACGCUUUGGGAUGGGGUGACAAGGCCACAGGCGAUUUCUGUCUGUGGCGACAAGUUUGUGAUAACCCACAUCUCAGCAUUCCAAGUUGAGAUCCGGGUAUUCCAACUCGUCUGAAGAACUUUGAUACAUUGCCAAACUUAAGUGUGACUACUUUCCGUUAUUUAACAAGCAUUAUAUAUAUAUAUUUUUUAAUGUUAUGCUUUAUUGAUGUUCAGAUAACGUCAUAAGUGUUUGUUUAUUGCAGAUAAAACAGUACUUUCUGUUCCAGGUCA